CCCACGAUGGAUCCCCUCAACGUCGCUGUCCGUUCGGUCCCGCAAGAACACUACGCCAAAGCUAUCGAACUCCUCGAGGAACUGCGCGAAGUUCUUGAGACAAGAGAUGAAGCACGACUCCCCGAGGUGGGCAUAACCCGCGACCAGAUGCCUCCUGGUGUUGAUUACGACGCCGUUCUGGAUGACAACCUGGACAAAUGCCACUGGCAGCUGUCCCAGUUCAAGAAGUACGCGAAGCCAACGCUCAUCGCAUCUGCCCUGCCGAACCUCGACUUCGUCGUAAAUCGGGCCCAGGGCGGCAAGCGAGACGUAAUCCCCAUUUACACCCGUGCCGUAGCGCUCGCGCGUACCCCGGAGAGGGAGGCAGAGGCAUUAGAAGAGUUCGAGAAGAUCAUGCCGGACUUGAGCAUCCCGGAAAUGGGUCAAGUAAGUGCCCUAUGGGCACGCGCAGAGUGGUGGAGGCUGCUGCUACGCCAAGGAAAGGUGCAGAAGGCUAAGGAACAGGAAGAGUGGCUACAGGACUGGUACCAGUCGCAUCCUUACGCCAUGCCACCGAGCAAGUUCGCAGAGGCAGUCCUAGACGAAGGCGAAGAGACAAAUGCCAUUUUGGACGGCAUACCCGACUUCGGCAAAGGCGUCGUUGAGCUCCCUGGUGGCAUGUUCGGCGGAAUGAAUGCCUUCAUCCGUUUCGGGUAACACCAAUGGUUCAUAUACGCGCGCUGGUAUAUUCUGAGCGUCGUAGAAGAGUAGUUCCCUCAGUCUAGGUGUAGCCUUUUGCCAUGAAUGAUGUUCUUGAUCAUAGACCCCGUCAACGAGUUGACCU